AUGUUUCAUGCUUAUUCUCAGGUCUUCGACAACACAUACCAAAAGGUCACGACAACGGAAUCUGUCAACGGAGUGCAAAUCUCAGCAGCCUUAGUCCUGAGGAGGUACAACACAGCAAUAUGGAUCGAUGAGAAUCCCAGAGUCGAAAAGGCUUUUGCUAUCUCGAAGGCACAAGAGAGGAAUUAUUCCUCUGCACACGAUUCUGGUUCCUGUAUGCAUCAUGCGAGUCAGCUCAAGAGGCGGUCGAAAAUACAGCCAGUACGGAGCAUAUCUAGCGACAUACCACUCGUAGGUUUCAAGGACCCAAUUAUUCUGUCUUUCCUGGCGUAUAAGCUUGCUCAAGGUGGAGGACAAUUAUUACGGACUGAGUCUGCAGACAAGAGCACCUGGGUCAGUCGGGUCUCUGAUAGCUCGAAAAACACAUUGAACGCAUUGGCCUCUAUCAUUUUUGGGCAUGUACACCGAUGCUCUCGUAUGGUUGAAGAAGGUCGAAAGUAUUACUCCAAGGCAGUUUCAGACGUCAGAAUUAAUCUACUUGAUAAUGCGAAAAUGAAUCUUUUCGAUACGUUAGCUUCUGUCACGGUUCUUUGUAUGUAUGAAAUUGCGGAUCGUCGCUCUGAAAUAGCCUGGAGAUAUCACGCAGAUGGGCUAAGCACUCUCAUUGAAUGUAGUGGUCCUACACUGUUUCAGCAAUAUCCUUUUAAGAGCAUAUUUCUUGAGCAGCGUGCUCUUAUGGUAUCGAAAGCAAUAUUCGCUGGUCACGGCACCUUUCUAAGCCAAUGGAUUUGGAAAAAUGUUCCGUGGGAAAAUGAUCUGACUUCGAAAGAACCUCUAGAUUAUCUAUUCGACAUUCUCUGCGAUAUCACUAUGUACCUCGAGGAGAGUAGAAAGCAGGCAGGUGUAAAACCCGUUCCAUCUGCUGAGCUUGAAGCAAAAGUCCUUGCUUCUCUCCAACAGCUCGAUACGUGGUGGAAAUAUUGGAUACGUCUCAAUCCAUACCCUUGUAGGGAAUUUGCCAUCGAUUCCGACUCGACCCUUUACACCAAAGACGCCGAAGGAGUCAUCUUUCCAACGAUCCUCGUAUACAAUGGAUUAAAUACCGCAUACACAUUGUGUACCUAUAACGCAACUCGGAUGUUACUUUUAAAGUUGCAAGAAACUUUCCCGCGGUCGCAUGCUCAUCCCACCGGGUUCGAAUCCCCAAAUGAUCCUCACAGUCAGGUCCCGCUUUUAGGACUCAGCUCUGACUAUCAAGGUCUAGCCUAUGAAAUCUUUCGAUCCGCAGAAUACCUUCAUGUCGAGUCUGAUCAAUUCAUGGUCAGUUUCACAAGCAUGUUCAUUUUCGACAUCGCCUACUCGGCUCUCGACCCGAAGUCACGAGAAGCGAAGUGGUUGCUUUCGAAAGUAUCGCUACCAAUGAGAUCCAUGCAUGGAAAGGGCGAGACGUUUGCAAAAGCCAUCACAGUUUUACCUACUUGUCAACUUCUCCAGCCAUUGUGA